AUUAGAUUGCGCAUUUUCAAUCGUAGUUCGCGAAAGUUACAAGUGCGUUAAAAUUUGUAUAAUGGCUCCGACACCGCAGGAGAUACCUCAAGUGGAUAUCGAGAAGACGGAGCUUGUGAAUGGCGAUGAUCCGGAUGGAAAACGGGUUGUCAUCUCCGGGAUUUCGGGCGCCUAUCCGCGCUCGCUCCAUAUAAAGGAUCUCUCUGACAAUCUUUACAAUAAGGUGGACCCAAUAGCAGAUGGCAAACCGCGCUGGGACUACGCCCACCCAGAAGUUCCAAAACAUGUAGGCUUAAUCCCUGGUCUGGAUCUGUUUGAUGGCCAGUUCUUCCGAGUGGCCUACCGUAUGGGGAUCAACAUGGACCCCAUGUCAAGAAAACUGCUCGAACAAGUGUACCAAGCUAUAUACGACGCAGGUGUAAACCCUGAGCAUUUGUCCGGGAAGAAAGUCGGCGUUUACGUGGGAACUUGCUUGUCAGAAACUGAAAAAGUCGUUUUUUACUGCGGCUUUGAAGGAAAGACGGGUUUAGGUAUAGCUGGGUGCAACAAGUCAAUGUUCGCCAAUCGGGUAUCCUACUGGCUCAACGCGAAGGGUCCGUCAUUGGCUAUCGACGGCGGGUGCUGCAGUUCCGCAGUAGCGCUGGAGCAAGCCUACCAGGCGCUCACUCGAGGUGACUGCGAGGCAGCCGUGGUAGGCGGCUGUAACAUAUGCCUCCAUCCCCAAACUUCUAUCCAUUUUGGCAGGUCAAUUUCUCUAUGUUUCGAUGGUAAAAAUAAAUCCUAUGACAAAUCAGCUGAUGGCUGUGUGAGAUCCGAAGGCAUUAACGUGCUCUUCUUACAAAAAGCUAAAGAUGCUUUAAGAAUUUAUGCUGAUGUAGUUUACUCCAAAGUGAAAUAUAUUGCCAAUAAACACCCUGGGAGCUGGAAGCGAACAACGGAAGAAGUUACAGAAUUUCUCAAAGAAUUUUAUGAUGAAAUCAAAGUAUCUCCAAGAGAUGUUGAAUAUGUGGAAGGAUUUGGAGCAGGUGACGCUGAUGUUGACAAGACAGAGUUGGAAGCAAUAGAUAAAGUGUUCUGCGAAGGUCGCAGUGACCCUCUCUACGUUGGCAGCGUCAUGUCAAAUGUGGGCUACUUGGAGUCCGCUUCGGGUAUUGCGGGGAUCACAAAGGUGCUUCUGGGCUACCACACUGGUCAGCUGGCUGGAAACCUGCACUGCGAGCAGCCAAGAGACGACGUAGCUGCCCUGCGCGAGGGUCGCCUUCAGAUCCUGCGCGACCACAAGCCAACAGCGAGGUCGUACAUCGCAGUCAACGGUCUGUCGGUCACCGGUAUCAACUCCCAUGUACUUUUACAUGGACAUUACAAGCCGAAGGACCUGACUAAAUACGAGUGUAAUAUUCCGCGCCUGGUUCUAAUCUCUAGCCGAACGGACGCCGCUGUUACAAAAGUGAUAGAAGUAUUAAAAUCAAAACCUAUCGAUGCUGAGGAAUUAGCCUUGAUUCAAAAUAUUCACUCUUCUAGAAUAAAUGGACAUCUAGGCAGAGGAUUUACUAUUUUGGAUACAGAUAAAGAAUCGAAAACCACAAGUCUGUGUGAGAAGGCGACGUAUUUCGACAGCGGCGACCGACCUCUUUGGUUCGUGUACAGCGGCAUGGGCUCACAGUGGGCCGGCAUGGGUGCACAACUCAUGCGCAUACCCAUCUUCGCGGCUGCUAUUGAAAAAUGUCGGCGAGUAUUAGAACCUAAAGGCAUCGAUAUUCUCCAUAUUAUAACUUCGGAUGACAAAACUAUCUUCGAUAAUAUAUUACAUUCAUUCGUGGGCAUCGCUGCUGUGCAAAUUGGUCUGACCGAUAUACUCCUUGCAUUGGGCUUAGUACCAGACAAGAUUAUAGGGCACAGCGUUGGCGAGCUAGGGUGCGCGUACGCUGACGGCUGUCUGACGGCCGAGGAGAUGGUUUUAUCAGCGUACAGCCGUGGUCUCGUGUCUGUGCAGACUCCCUUCAUACGUGGCUCCAUGGCCGCUGUCGGCAUGGGUUUCGAAGAGGUAUCAAAGAUGUGCCCGCCGGAGAUCGAGGUGGCCUGCCACAAUUCACCCGGGUCCAGUACUGUCUCCGGCCCAGCUGACGUUAUGACGGAGUUUGUUGCCGACUUGACAGCCAAGAGCAUUUUCGCGAAGGAGGUCGCUUGCUCCAACAUCGCCUAUCAUUCACGAUACAUUGCCGAAGCAGGACCUGGACUCCUUAAGUACUUGAAGGAAGUUAUUAAAACACCAAAACUCCGAAGUGAGCGUUGGGUAUCGACUUCAGUACCACAGGAUAGGUGGGAAGAAGAACUAGCCAAGUUUUCUUCGGCCGAGUAUCACACUAACAAUCUGCUGAGCCCAGUACUCUUCGAAGAGACGUCCCAGCUGAUCCCAAAGAACGCGGUGCUGGUAGAGGUGGCCCCGCACGGUCUGCUGCAAGCGAUCCUCAAGCGGGCGAUGCCGUCGUGUGCAAACGUACCCCUCACCCGACGAGGACACGCUGACAAUGCACGAUUCUUACUGGAGGCCAUUGGACAGUUGUUCAUGGAGGGCUACUACCCUGAUAUUCGUCAGUUGUACCCGAAGGUCGAGUUUCCCGUCUCCACUGGAACACCCCAUUUGUCGCACUUGGUCGAAUGGGCUCAUCAGGAAAAAUGGAAGUUCCCGACGUAUGCCAGCCCAGAAAGAAUUUCAUCUUCUACGUGCGUUUUUAAGAUUUCCCUCCACGACGCCGAACAUCUUUACUUACAUGGUCACCGAAUUGAAGGCAAGACAUUGUUCCCAUUCGCCUCCGCGCUGGUCUGCGCCUGGGACACAAUCUCCAUGGUAGCGCGCGCGCCGCUCCGCGCGUCAUCCGUGCGGUUCCGUGACGUCAUGCUUCACGCGCAGCCUGUGUUGCACGAGUCGCGUCUGCUGCGGCUCACUGUCGCGUUGCAACGAGGGUCUGGGCACUUUGAGAUCGAAGAUGGAAUUACAAAAGUAGCUUCAGGUUAUGUACUUUUGGAAGAAACCAAGGAAGAGAGUGCUAAAACUGAAGAUUCUGUGGAAGACAUCGUAAUAGGACAGGAUGAAAUAUACAACAUUCUCAAUGAGAGAGGUUACAUGUAUCAACGGUCGUUAAAAAUUAUGUUCAUCAACAGGGGUGAAUUCCGUGGUAUCCGUGAAGUAAAUCCUUCAUUGACUGCGAGCUGCGUCCCGUGGCACGGACGCUGGGAGACCUUCCUGGACUCACUGCUGCAGCUCAACGUUCUUCGGCAACCUCACGACCACAUCUCACAGCCGGUCUUCGUCAGGGAAAUCAAUAUUAAUACUAACAUACACGCUAAAUCUGUUGAGUUGGAUACAGACUUGAAAGUUGAAGUGUGCUCGGUCAAUGACUAUACCAGCCGUGGUAAUAUUAUUGAUUUGCUUGUACAGGUACACUUUGCUGGUCUGAAUGCUUCCGAUAUACUCAAAGUUAAAGAACCGUUUGUUGAUCAACAUCAAUCUAGUGAUGGUGUUUAUGGAAUGGAUUUCAGCGGAACUACUGUAGACGGGACGCGUGUAAUGGGCUUAACGCGCGGCGCUGCGCGCGAACAUGCGCGUGCGACGCCCCAGCUCUUGUGGCCAGUUCCAGAACACUGGAGCCUUGAGGACGCCGCCACAGUGCCCUUCGCUUAUGCACAUGCACUCUACUGCCUUGCCAUAAAAAAGCGUCUAAGUGCUAACUGCCGAGGCAUGAAAGUGUUGGUGAGCGGCGGCGCGGGCGCAACAGGACAAGCCAUCAUUGCGCUGGCGCUGCAUCGCGAGUGUCGGGUCUUCGUCGUCGUCAGCACCGUCUUCAAGAAGAACUUCUUAAUGAAAAUGUUCCCUAAAUUGAAUGCUGACGACAUCAUUUGCUGCCGGGAUGAUACAUUCCUGAACCGCGUAUUGCCUGCGACCAACGGGCUUGGCUGCGAUGUUGUUAUAUGCAGUAGAGGGCAAUACAAGGAUGCCUACAUACAGUGCUGUGGGCCCUUAGGAGUCACGUUGGACAUUCAUCAAGUGAAGAGGAACGAAAACUUCCAAUUCAAAAUGCACGCGUUGACUUAUGAAAGAAGUUACGUUUGCGUGGAUUUUUCUUCGCUAUUUGUUCGUAAUGACAUCGAAACUUUCCAGAGGCUGCAACGGCUAGUAGCAGAAGGCAUCAGCGACGGCUGGGUGCGGCCGCUAUCGCGAGUGACAUACGCCCCGCAGGACGCCACGCGCGCGUUCCGCACGCUCGCCCGCGGCGCACACCUCGGACGCGUGCUGUUGCGCGUGCAUGAGGCGACGUCUCGUGCUGAAACCGGUCUCAUGUGCUCCGGAACGCGCUCCCAGCUUAUGGUGGGUGACUCUUCGCUUGUGACACGACUCGCUGCGCAUUUAGUGCGACGCGGCGCGCGAAACUUGCAUCUUCAACUGAACGACACUGAGCGCCUUGCCCGACAAUUGAAGGAGUGGCAGAAAUGGGGCGUUAAUAUAAAAACAUCGUCAGAAAAACUCGCUCACACUGACUGUGCAUCAAAUCUGCUCAAGCAAAGUUUAAGUCUGGGUCCAGUUGAAGGUGUUUUUGUAGUCAUCGCUGAACAAGUGAAUGAUCAGACGCGAGAAAUCUACAAAACUCUGCUGGAUAACUUGGACGCGCAGACAAGGAAAAUGUCAUCUAUCAAAUACUUUGUAGUAAUUGGCAUCAAUAACCGUCUAGGAGAGAAAGUUUGUGUUUCAAGAGCAGCAGACGGGUUCCCGGCAAUGAUGCUUUCCGUAUCGAUAGACACAAAGGUUGAAGGUGGUUUACCAGCAAGUUACGGUGAUAUUGUUAAUGCAACUGAGCGGGGACUGCAGACUAAGCAGCCUGUCAUUUUUGCUCGGUAUCCUUCUGUUCGCGAAGCAUCUCUAACAGAACAAAUAGAAAAAAUAAUUGAUGUCACCAUAACAGGAAAUGCUGAUAGCAAAACGUUACAAGAUUUGGGCGUUACCAAGGACCAAGCUCAAAAACUUUGGGUAUAUCUAAGAGACAAGCAAAAUAUCAAUAUCCCUGAAGACGAAAUUGCAUUACUCAGUGUAGAAAAAAUACGAGAAAUGGAGGAAACGUUAAAAGAGUCAAAUGCAUCGGUUGAAGGCCUUACUGCUUUUAUUCCCUUCGUGGAUACUGAUGAACUUAUGGCAACGAUUAAUGUUGUGGUGAUGCCCACACUCACACAAGGCUAUGACAUGAGAGACGACGAGUUCGACGCGUCCGAGGCAUGCCUGUACAUAGUCCCAGGACUGCAGGGCCUGCAUCAGCGGUACCACGCGCUGUGCGAGCGACUGAAGCUGGCAGCUGUCGUAUUGCAGCCCGGGUUGGACCAGCCCGACGAGUCUCUGGAAGACAUGACAAAGAGAUAUAUUACGAUGAUCCUGAAGAAAAAAGGGGAAACCAAUAAGUUCUACCUGUUGGGUCACGAACUGGGAGUACUCUCCGUUUUUGAAAUCGCUGCAGCAUUAGAAGAUCAAGGCAUGACGGGGACGGUGUUCUGCCUGGGCGGCGGGCCGGACGAGUUCGUGGCUGAGCUGGAGCGGCAACUAUUCCUGGCGUGCGAGGGCGACGACUCAGAGUCAGCGCUGCAGGAGGCGGUGGCGAGGCAUAUGUGCGCGCUCAUGGGAUAUUCGUCGCCGCGGCUCGACGCUGCAUUGCGCGACGCCCCGACGUGGCCACAAAAGGUGAAGGAGAGCGUGAGCGCUCUGCGCGGACGCGUGCCUCACUCGAUGCAGUACGCGCGCUUGCUGAUAGAAGCAGCUUACGCGCGCGUAAUGAAAGCCAGGCAUCACACGCCGCCCGAGCCGCGCGCGCUCCAAUCGCAAGUGGUCGUCCUGCGCUCCCCCGCGCCCUCAUACCUCGACGCCCUCGAGCUCCAGCGCUACACGCGCGAGCCCCUCGCCGUGCACGACCUGCGCGCCCCGCUCGCGCUCGCCGCCGACGACCUCCGCUCUGCAGCCAUCAUAAACCAAUAUCUUGAUGAGAAAACAAGGGAAUCCUUUGCUAAGAAGACUCUCUGCCACACCUAUUUGAUGAGUUCGGCGAGUUAUUUCAAAGUAAAUGAUGAUUAA